GAGGAGGUAUUCAUGGUUGGGAAGUUGGAGCAACUGUUGGAAUGGCUGAAACCGGUCAUGGCAAUGGCAAUGUUUGAGAUAGCAAUUGGAGGAGUAAAUAUUCUUUACAAAUUAGCUACCAAAGAUGGCAUGAUCGUGAAGAUCAUGAUAGCUUAUCGAAUGCUGUUUGCUGCAGUUUCAAUGGUUCCUCUCGCCCUAAUAGGAGAAUGGAAUAGUAGACCCAAAUUGACAAAAAGGAUUUUCUUUCUUGGUUUCUUCUUAAGCAUAUUUGGAGGAUCAUUAAGCCAAAAUUUAUAUGGUGAGAGUUUGGCUUUAACAUCUGCAACAUUUGUAGCAGCAAUGACCAAUCUUAUCCCUGCUAUGACAUUUGUUAUGGCUAUUAUAUUAAGGAUGGAGAGUUUGUCAAUUCAAACAAAUGUAGGAAAAGCUAAGGUGUUGGGCACUAUAUUGAGCGUAGCUGGUGCAAUGGUUCUCACCUUUUACAAGGGAAGAGAGAUCAAGCUAUGGUCUACAAACAUUAAUUUGCUACAUCAAGAUCAUCAUGACAUGACAGAGCAGUCUUCUAGAAAUCAAGCACUGGGUGGAUUUCUAGGUGUGGCUAGUGCUGUGUCUAUGGCAGUCUGGAUGAUACUUCAGGCAAAGCUGAGUUUGGAAUAUCCACCUUACUCUGCUACUGCUCUUAUGUCUCUUUGUGCAUCCAUCCAAUCAGUUGUAUAUGCCCUUUGCACUGAAAGGCAUUGGUCUGCAUGGAAGCUUGGUUGGAAUGUCAGACUUCUCACGGUUGUUUAUGGUGGAGUUGUAGCCUCUGGGUUGAUGGUUGCACUAAUGGCUUGGGUUGCCCGGAGAAGGGGAGCAGUAUUUAUAGCUUCUUUCCACCCCUUAUUGCUUAUUAUUGUGGCCCUAGCUGGUUCGUUGAUGCUAGACGAGAAGCUACACUUGGGAAGUCUAAUAGGAGCCGUGUUCAUCAUUGUCGGCUUAUACGUGGUGUUAUGGGGCAAAAGCAAGGAGCUGAAGACUGUUGCUGUAGAAGAUUAAUUUGGUGAUUCCAGCUACUUCAUAAGGGCUCUAUAGCUUGAUAGGGUGCAUGGUUUUGUGGUGAUGUAUGUUGGUUAUUGACUUGGUUGGACAUUAGUAUCCGUACAGGAAAUGCUGAUGCUUUAU